GGUAUAACACGUGGUUAUCAGCUGAUGCGUGCGCGUUCACCAUCUUCCAGUUCUGUUAAGCAAUUUUGGACAUUACGUCAGUCAGAGUUUAGAUAUUACUGGAGAUACUAAUCAAGAAUGAUUUAAAAAUUGUAUUAAUAAUUUAUUUUUACUACACCUUUUUUUUUAUUGCUAAUUAAAAAACCAUAUGUUUAUAUAAAAUUCCAUAUAUAUGCGCGCGCAAAAAUAUGCCAUAUAUCGCGAAUUAGAAUUAGCUAUUAAAGAUUCAUAAUUAAUACAUUUUAUAAAUAUAAAUGUGUAAUAUAAUUAUAAAACAUAAAAAAACAUGACAGAUAAAACACAAAAGUUGUCACGAUGGUACUUUGGUGGACUUUCCUCUGCAGGUGCUGCUUGUGUUACCCAUCCUUUAGAUUUAUUAAAGGUUCAUUUACAAACACAACAAGAAGGUAAAAUAUCUAUAGUACGAUUAACAACAUCUAUAAUACAUAAACAAGGAAUUUUAGCUUUAUACAAUGGAUUAAGUGCUUCUUUGCUUCGUCAACUUACAUAUUCUACAAUGAGAUUUGGAGCAUAUGAAAUAGGUAAACAAACAUUUGAAACAUCUGGACAACCAUUAUUAUUUUAUCAAAAAUUAUUAUUAGCUGGAUUUUCUGGUGCAGCUGGGGGUGUUUUAGGAACACCAGGAGAUGUAAUUAAUGUGCGCAUGCAAAAUGAUAUAAAACUUUCACCACAAUUAAGACGAAAUUAUAAGCAUGCUCUAGAUGGAGUAAUACGUGUAACUCAAGAAGAAGGAAUACGUCAAUUAUUUAGUGGAUGCUCCACAGCAACAUUACGAGCUGCAUUAAUGACUAUUGGACAAUUGAGCUUUUAUGAUCAAAUUAAAAUUAUAUUAUUAGAAAGUGGUUAUUUUAAAGAUAAUCCAAUUACUCAUAUAAUAUCGAGCAUAUUUGCUGGUGCUGUAGCUACAACUUUUACACAACCAUUUGAUGUUUUAAAAACAAGAGCAAUGAAUGCUAAACCUGGAGAAUUUAAGAAUUUAAUGGAUUUAUUUUUAUAUACUGCUAAAAAUGGACCAUUUGCAUUUUUUAAAGGCUAUAUACCUGCUUUUAUCAGAUUAGCACCACAAACUAUUCUUACUUUUGUUUUUUUAGAACAAUUAAGAUCUAAUUUUGGAUUUUAUCCUUCUAAUGUUCCAGAGUCAUAAAAUUCAUUUAAUAUAAAAAUAUAGUAUUCAUUUGAAAUAUUUCAUAAAAGAAAAAUUUAGCACAUGAAAGUAAACAAACAAGAAAAAAAAUAUAAAAGUACACAUUCUACUUGAAGUUAUGCAAUUAUAAUUAUUUUGAUAUUUAUAUGCAAAAUAUUGCAUAUAUAAUUUUAUUAAAUAUUUAUUUAUUACACUUAUAUGUUAGUAAAUAAUAUAUUAUAUUAUUUGUAUAAUAUUUUAUUUUUUUAAUAAUUUUCAUAAUUAUUUAUGAAACAUAAUAAUUGAUUUUUUAAAACAAUAUUAAAAAUAUUGAAAUUUUAUAAUAAAAAAAAAGAAAAAGAAACAAAUUCAGGUAGAACAAAUGUUAUUUUUGUAUGUUGAAUUUGUUUGUUAAAUUUAUGCACAAAUUUUAUGAAAUAUUUUUGGUAAAUUUUUUUAUGCUAUAUAAUAUAAUAUUACUUUUUAAAAUUAUAUUAAUUAUAUUUAUACAAGCAUUGCACAGUACUAAUAUUUAUAAUAAUAUUUUGAAUUUAUUAUAAUAUUUAAUAUUAUAUUAAUGAUAUCAUUCUAAACAAUAAAUAUAGCAUUUCUUAAUUAAUUAAAUGACAUUAAAUAUAAGAGGAUUGAUAAUUAUUGAGAGGAUUCAAUUUUAAAGAUAAAUUGAAAACAUUUUAUAACUUAAUUGUAUAUAAAAAAAACAAAAAGAUAAAACAAAUCAAUCAAAUUGAAUCUUUAUUAAAAAUUUGUAUUAAAAAAAAUAUAAUGCAUAUAAAUAUUUAUAAUGUAUGUAUAAAUAAUUUGAAUAUUUGCACUUAUUUUUAUAAAAUCUAAUUCAUUUUUAUUUUCAAAAUUAAACAAUUUUAAUCUGCGUAUAAUUUGUGUAAAUAUUUACACAAUUAGAAAUAUGUUUAAUUAUAUUACAUGUAUAUAAAAGUAUAUAUAUGUACAUAUAUUAUUUAGUUAUUAAGAUAACUAUUUCAAUAAUAUAAUUUUAAGUACAGUAAUUUCAAGUACAAAUUUUAUUAAUAUUAAUAUGUAAUACAUUCCAUAAAAAUAUUAUUAUAAUUAUUAUACUGAUAUACACAGAUUUUUAUAUAUAUGCAUUUUAUUAUAAUAUUUAUAUUUGUAGCAAUAUAUUUUGUUCAUAAAAAUAUUAUAAAAUAAUAUAUUUUUUUAAAUGAUAUGCAUAUAAAAAUUUUUUUUGUAUGGACAUCAGUUUAUCUUAUAAAUUAUCUUAUAUUAUUAUACAUAUUUUAUAUAUAUAAAUUUUUAUAAAACAUUAGAUUCAGUGACAAUCAUGUAUAUUAAUUUUGAUAGGUAUAAAUUUGUACUUAUGUAAUAUACCUUGUACAUAACAAACAUAACCAUAUAUUCAUAUCAUAGAUCAACAUAAUUAUUAAUUUAUUUUAAUAUAAAUAUUUGAUUUCUAUGAGAUGCUAUCUGCUUUAAAAGUUUGUACCAAAAGUUUUAAAAUAGAAAAUAUUAAAAAUA